CGCAGCGCUUCUCACGCAUGCGCAGUGGGCACCCGGCUGUCAGCAGUCUCUGGUCAUUCCCUGCACUGUCUGCAGUCUCUGGUCAUCCCCUGCACUGUCUGCAGUCUCUGGUCAUCCCCCACUGUCUGCAGUCUCUGGUCAUCCCCCUGCAUGUCUGCAGUCUCUGGUCAUAGCACUGUCUGCAACUGGUCAAAAAAACUGUGUCCGCAGUCUCUGGUCAUCCCCUGCACUGUGUCCACAGUCUUUCUCCUGUACUAU